AUGGUGAAUCAAGUGACCGCAAGUGCCGGGAAGGACGAUGACGCCUUUCCCUACAAGCAGUUGGCUGUCGUGGCCAUCUGCCGUCUGGCAGAACCUAUCGCCUUCACCUCGAUAACAGCAUAUACCUUUGUUAUGGUCAAAGACAUCAAAGGUGAAGAAGAUGCGUCGUUUUAUGCUGGUCUCCUGAUAUCAGCCUUCGCCAUGGCCGAAGCCUCGACAGCCAUGAUCUGGGGUAAUAUUUCAGAUUAUUAUGGCAGGAAGCCCAUCAUCCUCGUCGCUUUAGCAGGUACGGCUCUUUCAAGUCUCAUAUUUGGCUUCGCCAAACACUAUUGGGUUGCCCUUCUUGCCCGAGUCGUUGGUGGAGCCCUAAAUGGAAAUGUUGCCGUUAUGCAGACGAUGGUGGCCGAAAUGAUCAAGAAGCCGGAGCAUGAACCCUCAGCGUAUGCUGUUCAGCCCUUCAUGUGGAGCUUGGGUUCAAUUGUAGGAUCAGCUUUAGGAGGCUUUACAGCACAACCUGCAAAAUUCUAUCCUCACCUAUUUUCGCCGGACGGUCUUUUUGGGGAGUAUCCAUAUCUUUUGCCAAAUCUAGUCGCUGUGGUGGCAAUUCUCAUCGCCAUGCUGCAGGGCUGGUUGUUCCUCGAAGAGACCAACCCUCGACUCCGACCAAGCUUGGGGCAGCCUGAACAAUUUAGAAUCGAAGAGCCUCCUAUCUCAGAGCGAACACCCCUUUUCCGAUCACGAGUACGAAGAGGAUCGGCGGUCGAGUCAAUAACUGUCUCCCUAGGCCGGAGCAGCAUGCGCAGCAGCAUUCGAGACAGCUUUUCGUUCGCUUCUACCACCGCGCCACUUCCGAAUGACCCUGCCUUCGACUUACGGAGAGGCUCGCUUGCAUCCAUGGUGUCAGUCGCCUCUUUCAAACCCUUAAGCGGCAUUGCUCCGCAAAUCUCCGACGUCGUCAUCGAGGAUGACGAAGAUUCGGCUAUUUUACAGGAAUCAGUCACUGCGUUCAACAAACCCGUCAUAUUCUGGACGGUCGCCCUUGUUCUGAUGUCCUAUCAUCAGAUGUCGUUUUCUUCUCUGUAUCCGGUCUACUUGCUUGAUGACCCACACAAAUCACCAGGACAUCUUGACCUCGUAGGAGGGUUAGGACUAACCCUUCCCAAGGUUGGCGUCUUCCUUGCGGCAAACAGUGUACUGUGUUUGUUCUUUCAAGGGGUUGUCUUUCCAAUGUUCGUGGGCAAGCUCGGUAUCUGGAAGUCUGUCUUUUCCCUCGCUGCCAUAACGCCUCUCGCGCACAUCUUGGCUCCCUUUGUCUCAACCCUGCCGAAUCCAGGCUUGGGUCUCUGGGCCCUGCUUGCGCUUCAAAGCUUCACCUGCAUCAUCAUGUUUCCUAGCUUGUUGAUCUUGCUAAAAAAUGCCACGGAGUCGCCGCUUGUUCUAGGCAAGGUUAAUGGUCUAGCGAUGUCGGGCUGUUCAGCAGCAAGAACCGUUGCACCGCCGCUCGGAGGCAUCAUCUACAGCUCGCUAGGAUCUGCAGCAGCGUGGUGGAGUUGCGCCAUCAUCUCAAUCGCUGCCAUUGUCCAACUGUUUUUCGCGCCCAGACCCGAGGAGGACAAUACCACAAUCCUGCGCCGAGCUUCAGUUGUAGUAGAAGCGCCACCAAUGGCCGACCAUGUCAGGGAUUGA